AUGGGAUCCAUUCCCCAAGAGACACCCAGCUACAGCCACAGCCACGCAGUCGGCGAUGGCGGCUUGCUCGUGAACCACGACGCCGACAUGUAUUGUGAUCAAGCCACGAGGUUCUGGCGGCAAAAGAUGGACGGGCUUGACACGUCCCUCUUCCCGCCGCUACCAUCUUCUGGCUUCACCGUGCCACGGCCUGAGGUGCAGUCGGAGCAUUUCGUACCAUUCGAAGAAGCAGCACCCAGCCUGCGUCUACCGGAGAAGGCCCUCGUUCCUCGCGCAGCUCUGGCAAUUCUCCUUUCCCAAUACACACACUCCCCCGAAGCCCUCUUUGGCGUUGUGAUCGAACGACCAAAGUCGCCCGAGGACCCAAGACAGACAGAAGUCGGUCCAAGGCGGACUCUCGUGCCAGCUCGUGUCAACUGUGGCCGUCAUCUGACCCCGUCCGACCUCAUCCGGGCUGUAGCCGCCGACGACGCAGCCAUACGGGAGCUUGAGCCCAUUAGUCUCGACGCCAUCGCCCGGAGCAGCGAUUCUGCGUCGGUGGCUUGUGGAUUCCAGACGGUGCUCACAGUCGUCACUACCAGCCAGAAAGACGCGCAGACUGUGGCGGCAUCUGCCGCCGCCAUCGACCCGGCGGAGCAGCCGUGCAGCGAUCGGGCCCUGCUGAUCUGCUGCUACAUGGCUGAAGGGUCAGCACUUCUUCGGGCGCGGUACGACGCCCGCGUCCUCGACGGCGGCCUUCAGGUCGCUCGGCUACUGCGCCAAAUGGGCCUCUUGAUCCAGCAGCUCCAAGGUCCCUCGAUUCACCAAUCACUCGCGGAGCUCAGUACAACGACGCAGCCGGACUGGGAGGAGAUUGAGAGCUGGAACUCUAAGCCGCUCAAGCCGCAUCGAGUCUGCAUUCACGACGCCGUGGCCGCAAGAGCCCAGCAGGCGCCGGACGCCGUUGCCGUAAGUGCGUGGGAUGGCGAGUGGACGUACGCCGAGCUGGAUAGCUUAUCGUCGGCCGUCGCGGACCACGUUUUGAGCCUCGACGGGCAGGACAUGGGCAAUGUAGUGGCCAUCUGCUUCGAAAAGUCCAAGUGGGCAAUCGCCGCCAUGCUUGCCGUGCUCAAGUCUGGCCUGGCCUUCACGCUCAUCGAGCCGUCCCUCCCGUCGGCGAGGAUCGCCAACAUGUGCGAGCAAAGCUCGGUCAGGCUUGCCCUGACCUCCGCCGGCAACUUGAACACCAUGUCCACCGUCGUCCCCCGCUGUGUCGUCCUCGACCAAUCCUUUGUUUCACGGCUGCCGCCGACGACUACUGGUACUGCUAGUGACCGGGCCUGCCGGAGACCCCCCACUACCAAGCCAUCCGACUUGGCCUACGUUAUCUUCUCGUCCGGGAGUACGGGCGAGCCCAAAGGCAGCAUGAUUGAACACGGUAGUCUCACUUGCUCCGCCGUUGAGCUGGCCCGGGCCGUGGGGCUCGGCCAUCACACGCGGACUUUGCACUUCGCAUCUUACGCAUACGCCGUCUCCAUCGCUGAGAUCUUUGUUACCCUUACGCACGGAGGUUGUCUCUGUGUUCCUUCGGAGGAAGAGCGUCUCAACGAUGCCACGGCCUUCAUCAACCGGAAUAUGGUCAACUGGGCCAUCCUCACUCCCUCAUUCAUCAGCACCAUCCGCCCGGAAGCUGUCCCAAGCCUGGAAACGUUGAUCAUCGCCGGGGAGCCAUGGUCGGCGGCGACGAGGGACGUCUGGGCCCAUAAAGUGAAGCUGUUCAACGGCUAUGGACUGAGUGAGAGCGGCGUGAUGGCGUCUGUUUACAGAGUCGACCCGUCUACAACAGAGCCGCACUGCCUCAGUCACGGCUUGUGCGCUCGCUUCUGGCUUACCGACCCGGACGACAGCGACAGGCUUGCGCCGGUCGGCGGCAUCGGCGAGAUCACCGUGGAGAGUCCAAGUAUCGCGCGUCGAUAUGUUGCGCCCUCGUUGGGCGCCAACUCGCCUUUCAUUGAAGUGCCGCCCUCCUGGCGCCGUCGACGAGGAGAAGUGUUAUGUGACGAUGCUGAAUUCUUCCGGAUGCUCAAGACAGGAGAUCUCGGCCGAUACAAAUCCGACGGGUCUAUUGUAUACCUCGGACGCAAAGACUUGCAAGUCAAGAUCCGAGGGCACCGCGUGGAAUUGGGCGACGUGGAAACUCAUCUGCGACGACAGCUCCCAGCUGGUUCACCGAUGCCAGUUGUCGAGGCCGUCGUGAGAGGCGGCAUGACAGCCGAGAGUGCGACUCUGGUGGCCUUCUCGACCGGCCCAUGGAGGCAAGACGACAAGCAUCCUACAAUGGUGCAAGAGGCCUCAGUUCUAGACGACGCGGCAGUAACGCAUGCUAUACGUUCAGACUUACUCCAGGUUCUCCCUCACCACGCUGUCCCGACUCACUACAUCCAGCUGCCUCAGCUACCCAAGACCGGCUCGGGGAAGAUCAGCCGAAGAGAACUACGGUCCAUUGGCGCUAGGAUGUUGAGCGAAGCUCGUGAGAAGACGUCGGCAUCCUCGCCCCCUAAGGCCAGUGCCGAGUUGCGCAAUUAUAACCCGGCCACCACCAACGACAAUGGCAUGGCGGACGCGCUGCGACGGGUCUGGUGGCAAAUAUUCGACAUGGACCCUGCGGCUGGCCAAUCCGACUCGGCCGGCUUCUUCGACCUAGGCGGCGACUCCAUCACCGCCAUAAAGAUGGUCAACCUGGCAAGGGAACGUGGCAUCACGCUCAGGGUGACGGAUCUGAUGCGUGGUGCCACGCUCGCCGGUCUCGCUGAUACGCUACAACAAGACGACGCCGAUGUUGGGCUCAAGCGGAUACCGAUCCUCUCGUCCACGCAGAAGAACGAGCCUGUCGAGCAGUCGUUCGCCCAGAGCCGCAUGUGGUUCCUGCAUCAGCUCAACCCCGACUCGUCGUGGUACUUGACGCCGGUUGCGAUGCGCUUGCGUGGCCCGCUCCGGGCCGACGCUCUUGAAGCUGCACUCGCGGCCCUGGAACGGCGUCACGAUACGCUGCGCACGACGUUUGAAGAAAGGGACGGUAUCGCCGUGCAGGUCGUCCAUCCGCCGCGCAGCAGCAUAAGCCUCCGCGUCGUCGACGUUGACGAGGCCACACUAGAGGGCACCCUACAAAUCGAACAGACGACCCCGUUUGACCUGGUUUCCCAGCCUGGAUGGAGAGUAUGCUUGCUGAAGCUGGCCGACGAGGACCACGUCGUCUCCAUCGUCAUGCAUCACAUCAUCACCGACGGCUGGUCCAUGGACGUCCUACGCCGGGAGCUGGCCCUGCUGUACUCGGACGCGUUGCGUGGACGCCGCCUUGAGCUGGCGUCGGCGCCUCCGUCAUCUUCGUCAACCACGUCGUCGCCGUUGCCGCCGCUUCCUAUCCAGUACCGGGACUUCGCCGUCUGGCAGAGACAGACCGAGCAGACUAUGAAGUAUCAAAAGCAGCUCGAGUACUGGGCAGGCCAUCUUGCAGACAGCUCCCCUGCCGAGCUCUUGGUCGAUCACCCGCGGCCGGCAUUGCCCUCUGGCCGCGCUGGUAAUGUCGACUUGGUCAUCCAAGGUGCCACGUACGAGGCGGUGAAAGCCUUUGCACAAGCCCACGAGACAACCCCCUUUGUCGUGUUGCUCGCCGCCUUCCGCGCCGCACAUUACCGUCUCACGGCCGCCGAGGAUGCGACCAUUGCGGUUCCCACCGCCGCUAGGAACCGGCCGGAGCUGGAGCCGCUGAUCGGCUUUUUCGUCAAUACCCUGUGUAUCCGCACAUUGAUCGACGGCGGGCAAGAUACCCUGGAGACUCUAGUCCAGAAGCAAGUCCGACCAGCCGUCAUGGCCGCUUUCGAGAACCAGGAAGUACCUUUUGAGCAGGUCGUAUCGGCGGUGCUGCCCGCCGCACAAAGGGACACAUCGCGCAACCCCCUGGCGCAGGUCCUGUUCGUCCAACACUCCGAUCAGGACAUCGGCACCGUCCAGCUAGAGGGCCUGAAGGCCGAGACUACGACAGGCGGCGUGGCAGGCUUGGGACUGUCGACCAGGUUCGAUGUCGAGGUCCAUAUCUUCCGCCGAGAUGCCGAGCAGAGGUUUGUCGGCCAUGCCCUCUACGCCAAGGACCUGUUCGAGCCCGAGACGAUACAUGCCUUGGUUGACGUCUUCCAAGAGGUGCUCCUUCAGGGCCUCGCGCAACCCCGGACGCCCAUCUCGGUGCUGCCGCUGCUCGUAGGAAUGCCAGGGCUGGCCGUAUUUGAUGCCGAGCCGACAGGGUAUCCGCGGGACUCUAGCAUUGUAGACGUCUUUCGACAACAAGUCGUGGCCUCCCCCGACGCCAUUGCUGUUUCCGACCCGGCAGCCCGCAUGACGUAUUCUCGCCUGGAUCAGGAAUCCGACAAGAUGGCCGCCUGGCUGCGCCGACGAGGCAUGCCUGCCGAGACGCCGGUCGGUAUAUUGGCGCCAAGGUCGUGCGAUACCGUUGUGGCCAUGAUUGGCGUGCUCAAGGCCAAUCUCGCUUGCUUGCCGCUGAACGUCGACGACGGUGCCACCCGCAUCAAACGCAUUUUAUCUUCGGCGAAGAUUAGAAAGACGGCAGCGGCAAAUGAAAGGUGCCUGAUCAUCCUGGGCUCCGACGUGCGUCCGCCAAAGGGGAUUCUCGAGCUGCCGGAUACGGACCUAGUGAUGGUGGACGACGCUCUCAAUCACGACGACGACGACGACAACAACAAGCAAACAGGAGGGUCUGGUGAGCCCUCGGCCACAAGCCUGGCUGUCAUACUCUUUAAUUCUGGGUCGGCCGAAAAGCCCGAGGGUGCCAUGAUUGAGCAUAGGAGUAUCUUGCGGCUCGUAAAAGAGAGCAACGUGGUAGCCGAGAUUCCGGCAGCAGCCGCCGUGGCGCAUGUCGCCGACAUCUCGUUUGACGCGUCUCUCUUUGAGAUAUAUUCGGCCCUCUUGAACGGAGGCACCGUCGUCUGUAUCGACCAUCUGACCUCGCUGGACCCGAUGGCUCUUGCUCACGUCUUUGACCGCGAGCAGGUGCGGGCAGCCAUGCUCUCGCCGGCACUCAUCAAGCAAUGCUUGGCCAAAGAGCCGUCGUCGCUGGCCCGACUCGACGUGCUCAUAUCCACUGGUGACCGGCUCGAUGUGCGUGAUGCGAUCCAGGCGCGGACGCUGGUGGCUAACCUGUACAACGCCCUCGGGCCGUUGGAGAACACGGUUCUAAGCGCCAUCUACCGCGUCGGUAAGAACGACGAGCUCGCCAACGGGCUUGUGCCUAUCGGCCGUCCCGUUAGCAACGACGCGUUGUUGGUCAUGGAUCCCCGCCAGAUUGCCGUACCUGCGGGCGUCAUGGGCGAACUCGUAGUCGUUGGAGAUGGGCUUGCGCGAGGAUACACCGAUCCGACUCUCGACAAGAACCGCUUCAUCCACAUCACCAUGGGCGGGAAGCGCGGCGGCGACGACGACGAGACCGGCGGCGGCAGAGUCGUGCGGGCGUACCGUACGGGCGACCAGGUCAGAGUCAACCCCAAGACCCGCCAGAUGGAAUUCUUUGGACGCCUGGAUAAGCAGGUCAAGAUUCGUGGCCAUGGCGUGGAGCUCGCCGAGGUGGAGCACGCCAUGCUAGGGCAUCCCCUCGUGCGUAAUGCAGCCGUCGUCGUCCGGUCCGGGGAAGCCUUGGGAGAGAACGAGCUGGUUGCUUUCGUCGAGGCGGAAGAGGACAAGCCCGGCCAGCAGCAACAAGAUCAGGCAGAGCAAAUCGUCAGCAGCAUCAACGAAAGCCUCCGGGAUGCCCUGCCGUCAUCCAUGGUGCCGUCCCAGAUCAUCGUCAUGGAACAGAUGCCAUUGAACUCCAGCGGCAGCGUGGACCGAAAGGCACUAAGAAGCAUGGCACGCGUCGCGCCCAAGACCGAGGCCGCACGCAAACUGGUCCCGCCGCGCAACGAAGUCGAGGUAGUCCUCUGCGAAGAGUUCAGCGACAUCCUCGGUGUACAGGUCGGCAUCACCGACAACUUCUUCAGCGCCGGAGGCCACUCGUUCAUGGCCACAAGGCUCGCGGCGCGCCUCAGUAGCCGCCUCGACAGCCGCGUAACAGUCAGGGACGUUUUCGAAAACCCUGUUGUCGGCAAUCUGGCUUCCGUCAUCCGCCGAGGCUCGGCCCCUCACAAACCGAUCCCGGCGCUGGACCACGACGGACCGGCCGAGCUAUCUUUCGGGCAGAACCGUUUGUGGUUCAUCGAGCAGGUCAACAGCGACGCAAGCUGGACCAUGCCCAUCGGGGUCCGCCUGCGCGGGCCGCUCGAUACGGACGCUCUCGAGCGCGCGCUGGCGGCCCUUCAAGAGCGGCACGAGGCGCUGCGGACCACCUUCCUACAAGACGACGAUGGCCAAGUCAUGCAAGUCGUGCACGCGGCGUCGGAAUUCCGCAAGCCCGAGCUGAGGGUGGUUGAUCUGCCUGCCGUCGAUGGCAACGAUACCACCACCGGCUCGUCACUGUUGACGCGCACCAUCAAAGAGGAGCAAGCGAAGCGUUUCGACCUGUCAUCCGAGUCCGGCUGGCGGUCCUCUCUGCUGCGCUCCGGCCCCAGGGACCAUGUCCUGAUUGUCGUCCUGCACCACAUCAUCUACGAUGCCUGGUCCAUCGACGUCCUGGCACGAGAGCUGGGUGUUUUCUACGCCGCCGCACUCCGGGGCGACCACGAUCCUCUGUCGUCGGUUGAACCGCUGCCCAUCCAGUAUCGCGAUUACGCCCGGUGGCAGAAGCAGGACGAGCAGCUGGCCGAGCAUCAGCGCCAGCUCCAGUACUGGAGCCAGAAUCUGCAGGACAGCAGGGCGGCCGAGUUCCCGACCGACUUCCCCCGGCCGGCCAUGCUGUCGGGCAAGGCUGGCGCUGUGCCUUUUGUGAUCGACGGCCCCCUGUACGACCGCCUCCGCGCCUUCAGUCGCACCCACCAGAUUACCGCCUUUGCCGCUCUCCUCGCCGUGUUCCGUGCCGCCCACUAUCGCCUCACGGGGGUUGAGGAUGCCACCGUGGGCAUGCCCAUGUCGAACCGCACGAGACUCGAGACGGAAAACCUCAUCGGAUUCUUCGUCAACACGCUGUGCUUGCGAAUCCCGGUCAGCGCCGACCAAACGUUUGCCGAGCUGGCCCAGCAGGUUCGGGCCACGACGGCCGCCAGCUUUUCCCACCAGGAUGUGCCUUUUGAGCGCGUCGUGUCGAGCCUGCUGCCGGGAUCCAAGGACAUGUCUCGAAAUCCGCUGGUCCAGAUCAUGUUCACCGUGUACUCGCAGCAGGACCUCGGCAAGAUCAAGCUCGAGGGCCUCGCGAGCGACUCCCUGCCGAUGAUGGCCUCGACGCAGAUGGACGUCGAGUUCCACGUGUUCCAGGAAGUCGGCAGGCUCAACGCCCAGGUCUUCUUUUCCGAGGACCUCUUCAAGCCCGAGACCAUCCGGGGCAUGGUUUCCGUUUUCCUCGAGGUCCUUCGGCGCUGUCUCGACGACAGCCAGCUCCCCAUCGGUGACAUUGCUUUGACCGACGGUCUGGACCGUCUGCGGGAUGAGAAGGGCUCAUUGGGGCCGGAGAUGGCCGUAUACCCGCGUGAUUCCAGCGUUGUCGACGUCUUCCGCGCCCGGGUGGCCGCCUGUCCCGAUGCCACGGCCGUCACAGACUCGGCAUCCUCGCUCACCUAUCGAGAACUGGAUCGGCAAUCGGACAAACUGGCUUCGUGGUUACGUCGGCGGAAUUUGGCGCCCGAAUCGCUCGUAGGCGUCCUGUCGCCGCGGUCGUGCCAAACAAUCGUCGCCUUCCUGGGUGUGCUCAAGUCCAACCUGGCGUAUAUACCGCUCGACGUCGGUUCCCCCCCCGGCCGCAUUCAGACCAUCUUGGAAUGCGUCCCGGGUAACACACUAGUCCUGCUCGGACCCAACGUGGACUCGGAUAAGCUAGACCUCAUACCGAAUACAGAGACCGUCCGGAUAAGCGGCGUUCUCGGGUCCAACGACGAGGGAAACAACGGCGAUCUUGUCGCGGUCAGAGGUCCCUCGGCCACGAGCCUCGCCUACUGCAUUUUCACUUCCGGGUCCACGGGAAAGCCAAAGGGGGUCAUGCUAGAGCACCGAGCCAUCCUGCGGCUCGUGUUGGGGAGCAACGUCGCUGCCUACAUCCCUGAGGCGCCGCGAGUGGCACACCUCUGCAACCUUGGCUUCGACAUCUCCGUCCAAGAAAUCUGGACGGCUUUGCUGAACGGGGGAACAUUGGUUUGCGUCGACUACUUGACGUCGCUAGACAGCAAACAGCUCGAGGCGACGUUUUUGCAAAACGGCGUCAACGUUGCUAUGAUGACGCCGGCGUUUUUCAAGCAGUGCCUUGAGAACGCCCCGGCCAUCCUGGGUCCCCUGCAAGCCUUGCUCAAUGUGGGUGAUAAGAUGGACGCCGGUGAUGCCCUCAAGGCCAAGAGUCGAAUAGGCGGCGCGGUCCUAAACGCGUACGGGCCGACGGAGAACGGCAUGCAGAGCACCUUAUACAAGGUCGCCAGCUCGGACUUGUUCCAUAAUGGGGUCCCUAUAGGCCACAGCGUGAGCAACGGCGGUAGCUACGUGAUGGACUUGCGCCAGCGGCUCGUGUCUCCGGGCGUUAUUGGAGAGCUCGUCGUCACAGGAGACGGGCUCGCGCGCGGCUAUCUCGACCCGGCGCUUAACAUCGAUCGCUUUAUUGAGGUUACAAUUGACGGCCGGCGCGUGCGGGCUUACCGGACGGGCGACCGGGUCCGCCAGCGGGCGGCGGACCUCGAGAUCGAGUUCUUGGGCCGCAUGGACUUCCAAUCCAAGGUUCGCGGUCACUUGGUCCAGCCGGGCGAGGUUGAAGCAAACAUAGUCGCGGCGCACGAGGCCGUCGGCAGCGCCGCCGUCGUCAUCCUGCAGAAGGCAGGUCGGGACGCUGACGUGGUGGGCUUCGUAACCCUGCGUCCGAGUGACGGGGAUGGCGAAGCCGUCGCCGGCUGUACGGCAUCCGAUGUGGAGGCGCAGAUUCUUGAGAGGCUCCAGGGGGUGCUGCCGACAUACAUGAUGCCGGCGAGAAUCAUCGUCAUGGAUCGGUGGCCUCUCAACGCCAGCGGCAAGGUGGACCGCAAGGAGCUGGCCGUCGUCGCGGCCCGCGAAGUUUCAGUUGCUCGCCAGGCCGUGACGACGACGACGGAAUACGUAGCGCCUCGCACCGACGUCGAGGCUGCGCUGUGUCAAGAGUUCGCCGAGGCCGCCGGAGUGCCCCAGGUCGGCAUCACCCACAACUUCUUCAACCUCGGCGGCAACUCGCUGGUCGCCAUGAGGCUGGCUGCCCGUAUUCGCCGGCGUUUCAACACAAACGUGCCGGUAAAAUCCAUCUUUGAUCACCCGACACCUCGCGACCUGGCCAGCAGCCUACCGCAGAUCGACCUCUCGGCACUGAAGGCCGUACAUCAAGGCGGCAGCGGCAGCAAGGAUGCCCCGGAUGCCGCGGCUCAGUAUUCUCCUUUCCAGCUCUGCCCCUUCAAAGACGACGUGCAGGGGUUCCUUCAGAAAGAGGUAUACCCGCAGCUGGAGGAGAGCUACCGAAGCCGGGUCGUGGAUAUGUACCCCGCCCGAUCUACGCAGUCCUGGUACGCCAACGAGGUCUCGACAGGUCUCCCACGCAGCUGCAAUGUCUUUUCGGUCAAGUUCCCGGCCGGUUCUAGUCCUAGUCGGCUUACCGAAGCUUGCGAGGUCCUGGUGCAAAGCUUUGACAUAUUGAGAACCAUCUUUGUGCGAGCCAACGGCCGCUUCUGGCAGGUCGUCAUUGACAAGCCGGACGUGCCGGUCGAGGUGAUUCAUCUAACAGAGGGCGAUGAUGACUUUGAUGCUGCGGCGCGUCUCAUAGUCGCAGCAGACCGCCAGACGCCCCUAAAGCUGGGCCAGCCGUUUAUACGCAUCGGCCUCAUCCAAAACGAGGCCGGGUUGCUGCAGUUGGUGUUCCGCUUGUCCCACGCCAUCUGGGACGGUCUGAGCCUGCCAAACUUCCUUCAUACCCUCCAUUCCUUAUAUGAGGGCAUCAGACUCCCGCCGCCGCCGCCGUUCGCCGUCUAUAUGAAUGCCCUCGCUAACAUCCGCGAGGAGGGCUUAGCCCACUGGAGACGGCUCCUCCGAGGCUCUUCCAUCACGGUCGUGGACAGUCUGAGGCGGAAACGCCAGGCAGCGCCGGUCGAUCGCGCCGCGCUGCUGUGCCGCGUCAUUGAUGUCCCGCCUGAGGCGCAAGCGCUGACGGGCAGGAUCACGCAGGCGUCCAUCUUUUCAACGGCCUGUGCGCUGGUUGCUGCUGAAGAAACGGGCUCGAGCGACAUACUCUUUGGCAACGUCGUCUCUGGGCGGCAGUUCCUCCCACCCAGCCUCCAUGACCUCGUCGGCCACUGCGGCAACAUGAUGCCUGUGCGCGUCGUUGGCGUCGACAAUGACGCUGACCCGAGGCAGCUGGCCCAUCAGGUGCAGGACCAGUAUCUUGAGGGCAUCUCGUACGAGGCCAUGAGCUUUGACGAUAUUAAGGAGAACGCCGGCGUUGACUGGUCGCCCGACGCCGAUAGGUUCGGCAUCGGUAUCGCCUACAUGAAUCAAGACACACAGCCCGAAAGCAGGAUCGGAGACCGCUCCAUCACCAUUCAGACCCUCUUCCCCGAGGUGCGCCGGCGCAAGUCGACUGUGUGCGACGAUCUCCUGGACGAGAUCCUGCAGCCCGACCCUUCGAUCCAUGACGUGGAAUAUGUCGCCAUCCCCGAUCCCGACGGCCGUCAUUUCCGCAUCGGCAUCACCGCCAAUCUUAUGCUUUGCGAGUCGGGCCAUCUGGACUACUUGGUCGAGAAGCUUUGUGAAAAGUUUGUCUCUCUGAAUAUGGCGCUGCGAGAGGUGGCGCCAUGA